GGAGGAGUGGAGAGGCGAGCGAGUACAGGGGCUUGGAGUGAGCUAAGGAGGUGCGGGUCGGGGAAGGCCAGGCUAAGCCGUGCCCUGCGCGUGAGCAGCUACAGUGGUGGUGGCAGCAUCCAGAGGCGGCAGCAACAGUUCCAGCCCGUUGCUUUACUUUUUGCUGUACGAACACAGUCAUCAUGCCGAAGAGAAAGUCGCCAGAGAAUUCAGAGGGCAAAGAUGGAUCCAAAGUAACUGAACGUGAGCCCAUGAGACGGUCUGCCAGAUUGUCAGCGAAACCUACUCCACCAAAACCUGAACCCAAACCAAGAAAAACAUCUGCUAAGAAAGAACCUGGAGCGAAGAUUAACAAAGGUCCAAAAGGGAAGAAGGAGGAAAAGCAGGAAGCUGGAAAGGAAGGUACUGCACCAUCUGAAAAUGGUGAAACUAAACCUGAAGAGAUCUACAUCUCUCGCUCAACUGUUAAUGUCUCAACCUCCAGAGGCACCCCACCCAGCACACUGUCAGUAAAGGGGCAGAUUGAAACAGUGAGAGCACAGAAAACUGAAUCUAUAGAUAACGAGGGAGAAUGAUUGUCGUGAAAAAUUGGGGUUGGUUUUAUGUACCUCUUGGGACAACUUUUAAAAGCUAUUUUUACCAAGUAUUUUGUAAAUGCUAAUUUUUUAGGAUUCUACUAGUUGGCAUAUGAAAAUAUAUAAGGGUGGACAUUUUAUCUUCUUAUAGGAAUGCUUUUUGGAAAUUUCCAUCCUCAAGUGAAAUAAUAAAUAUCAAUAUUGGAAGCUGUGUGUAAAUUGAUUCAGCAUUCCAUGCACUUGCUUUAGAACUCUAGUCUUGUGUAUACUGUGGUGUUUUUACUGUGUAUAUUUGAAUUUUUCAUGCAGUUUUUCUAGAGCAAUAAUCAGUGGUGCUUUUGUACCUAGGUUUUAUGUGAUUUCAAUGAAACAUGGAUAGUUGUGGCCACCUGCUGGCUAAUUGUGGUUUAAAAUAAAAACGUUUAUUGCUUGCA